CAUAGAUAGAAGUGAGCGAGCGCAUGGCCUUUGCCUCGCAUAAGUGAGAUCGCAUCCGAUCUCAGCAGAGCCAGAUGCUUAAAUGUUGUUCAGCCCAUGUUUAGUUAGUCCAACCACCCACCGGCCGGCUGCACGGUACCAGCUUAGCCAUCUACCUACUUUCCUUACUUGCUACUAUCUAUCUAUCUAUCUAUCUAUCUAUCUACUAUAUCUGCCUACCUACCUAGGUGCUGCUUACUUAUCUAGCUAUGUACAAGUACCUACCUCCCUCAGCCCGUCGCGACCGGUCAAGCACAAGCACAAGCACAAGCACGAGCGCGAGCGCGAACGAACAUCGUAUAGAUCUACCGAGUGUAUACUACCACCACCACCCCAAGGCCUCGGUCUCGGUCUCAGCCGCGGCCGCGGCCGCGGGAGCGAUAAAAAUAACUCGACUCGUCCUUCGCAGAGAACCUUCCCAUGGACAUGGACACACCACCAUGGUAUCUAGCGUCUUACGACUUCCCCACAGAUGACACCAUUGAGCAGGAAUAGAAGGGAAGGGUGGGAAAAAAAAGGUGGACGUGCGUCAGGCUUGCUAGACUGCUAGACUGCUAGUUAGUAGCUCUGUUUCGGUUCGGAUGGUCCAAGCGACGGAUCGG